GGCGGCGACUUCGGCGGCGGCGGCGGCGGCUUCGGCGGGCCCUGCUUGGACUAUUGCGAAAGCCCCACGGCGCACUGCAACGUGCUGAACUGGGAGCAAGUGCAGCGGCUGGACGGCAUUCUGAGCGAGACCAUCCCGAUCCACGGGCGCGGCAACUUCCCCACGCUCGAGCUGCAGCCCAGCCUGAUCGUGAAGGUGGUGCGGCGGCGCCUGGCCGAGAAGCGCAUCGGCGUCCGCGACGUGCGCCUCAACGGCUCGGCCGCCAGCCACGUCCUGCACCAGGACAGCGGCCUGGGCUACAAGGACCUGGACCUCAUCUUCUGCGCCGACCUGCGCGGGGAAGAGGAGUUUCAGACUGUGAAGGACGUCGUGCUGGACUGCCUGUUGGACUUCUUACCCGAAGGGGUGAACAAGGAGAAGAUCACACCACUCACGCUCAAGGAAGCUUAUGUGCAGAAAAUGGUUAAAGUGUGCAAUGACUCUGACCGAUGGAGUCUCAUAUCCCUGUCAAACAACAGUGGCAAAAAUGUGGAACUGAAAUUUGUGGAUUCCCUCCGGAGGCAGUUUGAAUUUAGUGUAGAUUCUUUUCAAAUCAAAUUAGACUCUCUUCUCCUCUUUUAUGAAUGUUCAGAGAACCCAAUGACUGAAACGUUUCACCCCACGAUAAUCGGGGAGAGUGUCUACGGGGAUUUCCACGAAGCCUUUGAUCACCUUUGUAACAAGAUCAUUGCUACCAGGAAUCCAGAAGAAAUCAGGGGGGGAGGCCUGCUUAAGUACUGCAACCUCUUAGUGAGGGGCUUUAGGCCCGCCUCUGAUGAGAUCAAGACCCUUCAGAGGUAUAUGUGUUCCAGGUUCUUCAUUGACUUCUCAGACAUUGGAGAGCAGCAGAGAAAACUGGAGUCCUAUUUGCAGAACCACUUCGUGGGAUUGGAAGACCGCAAGUAUGACUAUCUCAUGACCCUUCAUGGAGUGGUGAAUGAGAGUACGGUGUGCCUGAUGGGACAUGAGAGAAGACAGACUUUAAACCUGAUCACAAUGCUGGCUAUCCGGGUGCUAGCUGACCAAAAUGUCAUCCCCAAUGUGGCAAAUGUCACUUGCUAUUACCAGCCAGCCCCCUAUGUAGCAGAUGCCAACUUUAGCAAUUACUACAUUGCACAGGUCCAGCCGGUAUUCACAUGCCAACAACAGACAUACUCCACUUGGCUACCCUGCAAUUAAGAAUCAUUUAAAAAUGUCCAGUGGGGAAGCCAUUUCAGACAAGAUAGGGAGAAAAAAAAGAAAAGAUAAAAAGGGCUGAGUGACCCAGCCCUGAUUAGGGAUGUGUUUUGUGCAAUGAUGAUCUGCUCCUGGUUUUAAACUUGGCAAAGCUUUGAAUCUUUUCAUGGGUAUGGGAGCAUGAUCUCAAAAUGACCACCCUCCCCUUCCCCCCUACCAUCAACCCUCCUAACCUGAUCCUCCUGCCCCAUUGGAUUCUAUCCUGAAACAAAAGAGACCUGUCAUUAAAAGCAACCAGGUUUGCCUAAAAUAACAAGGGAAAGAAAGAAAAUGCUUGAUGACAAUAUGGGUUUGCACUACCUGCUCCCAUAGCUUUGCCAUAGGAAAAAAAGAAAAGUGUAGAGUUUCUUGUAAGAUGGAAUUCAUAAAAGGGAAAAUACAGAGGAAAAAAGGUCUCACUCCAACUUAAUUAUCAAUUCAGGAGUUAAGAUAGUAACAGUAAUAGAGGAAGAAAGGGAAUUCCAUCAUUGGAAUUACUAUCUGAGACUUUCAGCAAGUGCUUUCUGUGGAAUUCUCCUCUUGCGCUGAUAGAAACGGCUUGCUCUGAAUGAACAGUAGUAGGUUGGUGCAGUUCUCAUAACAAACAGCAGAACUUAUGAUGACACAAUCCAUUAUUUCCAGCUGCGUGCAUAGCUCGCAUUUUUUAAAUGUGAAAAUGCAAGCAAAAACAGCUGUAGCAAAGAAAGUAUGCUCAAGGACCAAAGAUUUAACAGAUAAAAAUACCCAAGUAGAAGAGACGUAGUAGAAUAUAUAAAGAGUUACUAUAUUUGUUACACACCAAUAUACAUCAAAGUGCCUGUUGCCUUCUGAAAAUUUGAAGUGGAAAAAUUUUGUGGUUUAAUGACUAUUUUAUUUUAUCAGGGACUCAAGAAGAAAAUAACACAUAAGCUUGUGAAUGAUGGAGGAAAUGCCCUAUUUUUUUUCUUGGCAAAUACUUGUGUAAAGUUAACAUUGUUGGUGUGAUAUUAUAGGUACUUGUGUAUGUGACUGCAUAUUAUGUGUUUAUAUAUACAUAUUUGUGAUAUGUGUAUAU